GUCAACCUUAUUUUUUCAAGUUGAUGAAAAUGCUGCUCUUAUUUUGCAAUAUUCUGUCCUGAAAAAGUGGGCGUCCUGCCAGACUUGUUUUUGUCAACCAUUUUAUUUUUAGUCUGAAGCCUUGUUUACGCUUGCACGUACUUUGUCCUCACAGUGGUACGCAAUUUUGCGUGCCAAAGAGUAAAUUGGUGGUAAACAGGUGUGAAGUAUGUGUCAAGGAGUGCGGGGCUGCAUGCCAGUGUGCGCCAAGAAAAUGCUGAAAUUGUGCCAUGCAUAAUUUCCGUGAACUAGUCGUGAAUGCAACGUGAACACACCGCAGCACAUGUGCAAACAAUGUGGGGCUGCGUGUCAAAGCGCGCCUCAGCGUGUCUCAUUCACAUGAAUGGGUUAACUGAUACCUGGGGUCCCCAACCACUGGGCUGUGGGAAACUUUUAGAGGCGCAAUGAUGUUAUUUGAUGUUAUUUGUUGCGAGCAGCAACUUGUCCCACUUUGUUCGACGGCCCUUGAACGCACCAUCUAACUUUCUCCUACGCUGCACAGAUAGACUACUAUACUGUAUUUUUCUUUCACCUCAUUCGGUCCCGAAUGCUGAUUCUAUGUGGGAAUGCGUAAAGGUAAGAUUUGAUGAGUUCAUUGAGUGCUCAUGUGCGCAUUUGUUUGGUGCACAACCUCAAGUUAAUUCAUGCUAGCGCUUUUACCACACCCGACGUAAUAAUCUUCUCUCUGAAAAAAUAACUCCAGGCUCGGGUGGAUGGUGGCUCUGUAUUCAAUUCAAUUGCAAUGUUAAAUAUUGCUUCUGAUACGUGCUUGCAUUAUUAUGCCAUAUAUUAUCAUUACAUUACUGAAAAAAUGCUAAAUGCUGCUAACUUGCCACGUUUUAGUCAUCAAAGGUCUGCAAAUAGCUUGUCAAAUCAUUUUGUCGUCGUUAACGAAAACAAUGCUGCCAGCCCAGAAAAGGGUCAUGCCUUUUUUGUGACGGCCUGCAGGGGGCGACUGCUUCUUUUUGGAGUCCAUCUCUUCACUUCACACGGAUAAACACAAAGACUCAAUUUGAUUUGCACAAAGCUUCUUCACGCGCUCCAUCCUGCUUUGUCGUCAUGUCGGCUCGUUUCACAUUUUGUUUUGAAGCCGUUUAGUUGAGCGCGCAGACUCUUCAUGUGGGCUGCGUUAAUCCCUCCCACCCUUCCCUCCCUCGUUAGCUGCUGCUAGCACACUGCUGCUAAUUAGAGCGACGUGGUUAGCUGAGUAGCUACAGACAGACGGCCUAAUCCCAUGCAGACAGAUCUGGCUAAUCCCUUGUCACCUCCCUCUAAUUCUGACCUGUGCUUUACCUCCACAACAAACACACGUCUUAGAACCUGAAUGUUUGUCCUUUUCAACACCAUCCUGCAAUUAGGCAACUUCAAACUCAAAGGUUUUUUGCAACUUUAGAGCCACUUUGUUUGUUCAAUUGAAGCGUUUGAACUUUUCAAAUCGGGCAGCCCUCUUCAUCAUCAUAAUCAACAUUUGGUGGUUUGUCUGAAGCAAACACGGAUGACGCGUUACACAAUUACACAGCAAACAUUUCACACAUUAAUGCAGACCAAGUAAAGAAUAUUUUCAUUGUCUUCUGCUGCUGUUUCUGAGACGUGUCUCAAACGGUAUUACAGUGGAACCUCGGUUAGCGUACGCCCCGGUUAGCGUGUUUUUUUUUUGUGAACAAUGAAAAUUGAUGCCAAAAUGUUGCAUGUAUCUUACAAUUGUCGUUAAUACACUGUGUGAACGCAUUUUUGUCAAAAAACCUCCUUGUUAGCAUUCUAUUAGCUUGCUAAUGCGCCCGUCUAUGAUGUCAUCAGCGGUCAACUUUGUAGUUCUUUGCUUACUAACACAGUCGUUGUUCUUCGUUUAUCGCGGUGAAUUGGUUCCAUACCUGACUACGUUAAAUUCAUUUCCCAGAUAUAGGAUACAAUGUUAAUAAAUGGAACAUUUUUGUAGUUAGGGCAUAGAAAACCUGUUUAUGACUUUCUAAAUAUGUUUUUUAGCAUUAUUAGAGCCCUGUAGACAUGAUAUAACACCCCUAGAGUCACCUUUACACGCCUGUUAUUCAUUGUUUACGUCACAUUGCUCAACUUUUAUGCUGCUGGAACUCGAGAUGGCCACUAGCUGGCGAGAUACCAAGCUAGCGAGCUAACCAGUUUGCCUCGAAUUUAUUUCUUCUACUGUAAACUGAAGAAGCCAAAAACUUCCCACUUCGAUACGGAAUGGGAGGAUAACUUUUUUUCACCCUAUCAUGUGGGACAUGCCAUGGCUGACUUCAUGACUUCAUGCAGUGUUAAGGUGUCUACACUGAUCUCUGACCCCCCUGUCCACAGCUGCUGAAGGGGGGAUACUUUUGAAAGGAGGUCAAAGGAGGUCGGGCAGGAUGAAAGGAAUGAUUAUCAGUCAGCAUCUCCGUCCUUCAUAGCCUGGAAACUUUUGCACUUCCUGGAUUCUUGUGUGUAUACAGUAUAUAUAUAUUUACAAUAUAUAUAUACAAUAUAUGUAUAUAUGUACAUAUAUAUAAUAUACAUUUCACCUUUUGGACAAGACGGGACAUUUUCGUAAACGAGACGGCGAUUCCUGACAUUUGGACCAGAUUGAUUCAGAAGCACGACGGCUGGCAUUCAACAUGGCCGCUUUGAUGCGACGGACGACUCGGAGCUGAUCCCCGCGGGGAGCGAGGCAGGCGCGUGCGGCGGGGGAGGCAGCCGGCGUCCGUCAUGUCCUGGAAGAGGAACUACUUUGCGGCAGGCGGCGUGGCGGGGGCGGGAGGCGUGGCAGGUGGCGGGAUGCAGGGGAUGCUGACGCCUCGGACCAUGACCUCCAUCGCUCCCAGUAAAGGACUGAGCAAUGAGCCGGGACAGAACAGCUGCUUCCUCAACAGCGCCCUGCAGGUUCUGUGGCACUUGGACAUCUUUCGUCGUAGUUUCAGACAGCUGACGUCUCACAAGUGCAUGGAGGAUGCGUGCAUCUUCUGCGCUCUGAAGAGCAUCUUUGCUCAGUUCCAGUACAGCAGCGACACCGUCCUGCCCUCCGACGCCCUUCGAAGUGCCCUUGCCAAAACCUUCCAGGACGAGCAAAAGUUUCAACUCGGCAUCAUGGACGACGCCGCCGAGUGCUUUGAAAACAUCCUGAUGAGGAUCCACUUCCACAUCGCAGACGAGUCCAAAGAAGACAUCUGCACCGCCAGACACUGCAUCCCUCACCAGAAGUUUGCCAUGACACUCUUUGAACAGUGUGUUUGCAGCAACUGUGGAGCAUCUUCAGACCCACUGCCCUUCAUUCAGAUGGUCCAUUACAUCUCCACCACCUCCCUGUGCAACCAGGCGGUGAAGAUGCUGGAGUCCCGACAGAACGCGACCCCUGGAAUGUUUGGGGAGUUGCUGCGGAACGCCAGCAUGGGCGACCUGCGCAGCUGUCCCAGUCAGUGCGGUCAGCAGCUGAGGAUGGCUCGCGUCCUCCUCAACAGUCCAGAGAUCAUCACCAUAGGCCUGGUGUGGGACUCGGACCACUCCGACCUGGCCGAGGACGUCAUUCACACGCUGGGAACCUGUCUGCGCCUGGGAGACCUGUUUUACAGGGUGACCGAGGAGAAGGCUCGCCAGGCGGAGCUCUACCUAGUGGGCAUGGUGUGUUACUACGGCAGGCAUUACUCCACCUUCUUCUUCCAAACCAAAAUCCGACGCUGGAUGUACUUUGACGACGCGCACGUCAAGGAGAUCGGCCCCAAGUGGAAGGACGUGGUUUCGCGCUGCAUCAAGGGUCACUACCAGCCGCUCCUGCUGCUGUACGCCGACCCGCGGGGGACGCCGGUGUCGGGCCAGGACGCGCCCCCGCGCCUGGACCUGCAGCCCGUCACCAAGGCGUGCUACGACAGCGAAGACUCGGGCCGCGAGCCGUCCAUCUCUAGCGACACUCGCACCGACUCUUCCACGGAGAGCUACUCGUCCAGACAGCCCCCCCCCUCGCACCAUGAGUCCCUGGCCAGUCGGCACUCCUCUGACUCCCAGGCAACCGUCAUCUGCAGCCAGCGCCCCGACGGGCCGCGCCACGCCUCGCUCUGCAGCCUGGAUGCCAUAGGCCACGUGACGGACGCUGAGCCGCGCCGAUCUCUGAGGAGGGGAGGCGGGGCCAGGGAUAGAAGGCGGAGCUCAAGCCGCAUUCGGCGAUCUAAACCAGACCACGAAGCCUCGUCGGCCGGUUACCACAGCGAGGGAGAGACGCUGAAGGAGCAGCAGAUUCCUCGGCAAGCCCCCAAAUCUUCCUCCUCCUCUUCAUCUUCAACCAGUCGCCUCCGUGAUUUCAAGGAGACCAUGAGCAACAUCCUUCACAGCCGCCCCCUCUCCUCCUCCUCCACCUCCUCUUUGCCGGCCGCAGGCAUCGCUUCCUCCAACAACCACACGCCUCCUGCCUCCUCCUCCAAACCUCAACACUGGGAGGCCGACAGCACUGGCAGCGAAUCCAAAUCCAGCUCCUCUGGAGGCACUGCAGGGAGGUACCGGCCGGCGUGGAGGCCUUGUAGGGAGGUGCUCAACAUCGACAGCAUCUUUAUGAGGGAGAGGAGGAGCAGGCAGUCCGGCUACAGCCCGCUAGAAACCCCCGUGACGGACCACACAGAGAGAAUUCUCCUCUUGGAGGGAGGAGGUGCCGCCUUGCCGGCCCAGCAGGACGUGGCGUCGAUCAGGCCGGGCUCCUCCUGGACUCUCCCCGCCGCCUCUUCUAGCCACCUUAGAGGGGGAGGGGUCACAGCAGGGGGAGGAAGAGCGCAGCCUCCUUCGCCCAGGCUGAUCCAGAGGAUGGAGAGCGGCUACGAGAGCAGCGAGAGAAACAGCAGCAGUCCAGUCAGCCUGGAUCUCAGCCUGGGAGAACGGAAGUGUGUGGCAAAGCUGCCAUCCUCUUCAGGACCACCGUGGAAGAACACACGAUCCAAGAGCAGCGGAGCGCUGCUGCAGGAUAUCAGCUCGGCCUGUAGGGGGAGCCUCGCGCCCCUCGCAGGUCGCAGUGAGCUGGACGAGCUGCAGGAGGAGGUCCUGAGGAGAGCCAAGGAGGAGGAGCAGCAGCGGCAGCAGGAGAAGGAGAAGGAGGCGGCGCUCGGCUUCAACCCCCGACCCAGCAAGUACCUGGACCUGGACCAGCUGCAGAUCCAGGGUAAAGGUGACAACCUGGAGCGGUGCCUGACGGAGGCGGAGCUUCUGCUGGACCAAUCAGUGCGCCUGGAGCAGGCGGGCGAGGUGGCCUCUGCCCUCUCUGCCGUCAACGAAGCUGUCUCUAAAUUACGUCCGGCGAGUGAGGGCGGAGCUAAUUUUCACAGCCGGCUGCAGCGUUGCAUGAAGAGAGGCCGCAGCAUGCAGCAACGUCUGCAACUGCAGCAGCAUCACAAUCAUCAUCAUCAUCAUCAAGCUGAGCAGCAGCAGCUCCUGGAAGAGCCCAGUGAAGAGCCUCUCUCGCAGCAAAUACUUCUGACGCACAGACUGGACGGCCAAUCAGGUUCCGGCCAGCACCAGCAGGCCCCACCUCAUCCUCCACCCUGCCAUGUCACACCACUGGCUCCCUUGACGCCCUCAUCGUGCGGCUCCGGCCCCUCAGUAUUACCUUUUAAUGACAUCAUGGUCCCACCCCCCAUUGUCCACGCCCCCGCGCUUGUUAGCCCCAGGUCGCUUGCCACUUUGGACACUGUGGAACAGAACCCCCCAGGCGAGGCGACCUCACUGAGUCUAGCUGAGGAGUGGACCGGGGCCCCAACGCAAGCCCCACCCUCCUCCAUGUCACAUUCCAGAACCCCGUCACCAGAUGCCGCUGGCAUGAUUGGUCCAAUAAAGGUGGAGUCGUUUCACCCUGGACACACUCGGGCCCCGCCUCCCACCAGGAACUGGUCUUGCUUACCGCCGGACCCACCUGAAGAUCGUGUCGCCCAGGCACCAGUCAGCUUGUCACCUCGGACCCAGUCCCCACCCUCCCUGAGCCGCCCAGCCGGGGUGUGGUCUCCCUGUCCCGAGGGCAGCAGCAGCAACGUCCUGCCGGUGGAGCGCUGGGCACAGAACGUCAACAGAUACUACAGCUCCCACAAUGUACCAGCAGGAGGAGGAGGACUGUCUGAGCUGGACUCUCUUUACCAGGCCAGCCUGAUGGCUCCCAACACGCAGCGACCCGGCCCGGCUAUCAGCCCGCAGCCCCGCAGAGCGGGACUGAGGAUCCCAUCAGCACCGGGUCGCUCCAAAACACCCACGGCCGAGAUGGAGAGACACGCCUACAGAACACCAGUCACUCUCACGACGACCAAGUGGUCAGACGCGGAAGAUGAGAGCUACAGUGCGGAAAACUUGCGAAGGAUCACUCGCAGCCUGAGCGGCUCUGUCAAGGGGACCCUUGGCCCCACCCACAGCCGUGACUUGUCUGUGUCCACACACUACUCCACCCUUCCCCGUCAUCACUCCUCUUCCUCCUCCUCCAGCACCAAUCCCUCCCACCACCUCCUCCGUCACUACGGCCCUCCACCACAGCACGCCCCCGCACUGACGUCACGGCCCCCCGCCACUCGGGGGCUCUCAGGUUGGAAGCCCCAGCAGGAGGCCAUUGUUGUUCCUGACGGGCUUGAGGGAGUCUGCGUGAGUUACGGGACUCUUCCCCGCGCUCCUCGUCGAGCUCAGGGCACCUCUUCCACCUCGUCGCUCUCCAGCAGGGUCAGAGGUCCUGCUCCUCCAGCAGGAGGUCCACAGAGUCUUUACGCCACCAUGUCCCGCCGCCCCAGUCGCCCCGCCCACACUAACGGCCACCACCGGCAAACAUCGCUGCCGCCGUCGCUCUCUGCCGCGCCGCGCCCGAGGUUGGGAGGCCCGAGCCCCGCCCAGCCUCUGCGCCUGGACAUGCCACCAGAAGGCGACUGGCGGCGCCAGGCGGAUUACGCCACCGCUCGCCACCACCAGACACUCCCGCAGCUCUGCUCGCUGUGCCGUCAGCUUCCUGCCGAGCCGCCCCGCCCCUUCUGCUCCUCCUGUACCUCCUACGUGGCUCGCUACCACCCCGCCAGAUGAGGAUGUCCGUGGCGGCUGCACUGGACCAAGAGUCGAUUAGGAAUGUCGCACAUCCUGUGCCGCCUGGUAGUGUUUGCAGCGUUCCUUCUAUUUCAAAUGUGCCUACGUCAUCUUUUCUUUUUCACUUCCUGUUUGGACUGCCUCCUCUUCCUCACGGAUGAAGGCGAGACAAGAAUAUUCCACGUAAAAGUAUUUAUUUGCUUUAUUUAGGCUCGUGCGUAGAACUAUCUAACCUAUCUGCCUGAACUGAAAUAGUUUAUCAAGUUAGAGCGUGAAGAGUUGCAGCUAAUAUUUAGCAUGUUUUCCUUAUAUAGCCUUUAACUUGACCUAGAUAGAAAUAGAAAUAUAGAUGCACACACUGUCUUUAACGCGCACGUAGCGUGGAAGAGGCUUUGUGGUACCGUGACGCUUGCUAACUCCGCCCAUCUGGCAAACUCGGGUGAGCAGAAACAAACACGCCCUCAAAGAAGCUCUUCCUUAUCAGCAACAAUGAACCUGAAGAUUGUUUCUUUUAGUCAAGUGAAGAGAUGUCAUUUACUUGUUCUAUUUUUGAUGCUUAUUUUUCUACUUGUAGCAUUAACAUUAAAUGUUUCAAGGAAAAACGUCUGGUCGUGUUCCCUGUUAGUGAAAUCAUGGCAUCCUUUAAAUAGAACAGACAAGCUCAUUGUUUUAUUUAAAUAUGUCCAUUUGCACAUAAAUAUUAAAAGCAUACAUUUCAGGUAUACAGCAAAGGUCUAUUGGCUUUUACAGACGCUGCUCAGCAGAUGAAACUCUUCUACUCUCUUCAAACAUGAGUUCAAAUCAAUAAAGAUGAAUUUAACCCUAUACAGCUACUAUUACUGUGCUAAACAAUGGUGAGGAAUGAGUGAGCUCCGUCUGAGUGUCUCAAAGGGCGCACCUCCCUACUCAUGCUGUCUUUUGUGAGCACAAGUACGACAAGUUGCAGUGUAGUGUCGGUACCCGGAUGUGGUGCUCAAUGGUCGCCAUUUUGGCUACGUAGCGGUGGAAAGUAGUUGAACAGAAUGCGAUAAAUAGGCAAUGGUUAUUUCUGGCAACUGCACAGUGACAGCAAUUGAUUUGGGACCUCGGGAACUCAGUACUCCCUGUACACAGUAUACUUACUGACGUGUACUGGUGGAAGUCCAGUAAUCCCUCGUUUAUGGCGGUUAAUUGGUUAUAUAUGAGUCAGA